AUGAAUGAGAAUAAAUCUUUGCACACCAAAAGAUAGUCGGCAUUAUCAUUAUUAAACCCUCCAUAAACAACAGCUUUAUCUUGGUGCAUUGUAACUUAAAUUGGAGAUGAACUAGUUAGCAAAUCUCCUUCUUUGAAGCUAGAAGUGGCAAGUCUCACCAAAAUAAUGACAGCUUAUACAGCCAUACAAUUGUGCGAAGAUUUAAACCUUGAUUAUAAUGAAAUAAAUAUUCGUAUUCCUAGAAUUGCGACAUAGAUUGGAGGCACAUCUGCUUUUUUAAGAAGAGAUGACAUAUUAUCCUUAGUAGAAUUGUUAUAUGCAUUGAUGUUACCAUCUGGAAAUGAUGCUGCAAUAUCCAUUGCACUGCAUUUUGGAUCUAUUCUAAAUACUUAAAGGAAAUAAAAGAUUGCCAGUUACAUCACAUGUGACACCAUCUAAGGAUUCUAUGAUGAUACAUAAAUGAGUAACAUGAAUAGGUUUGUAAGAUAAAUGAAUGAAAAUGCAAUGAAAUUAGGUAUGAGAGACUCCUAAUUUUCAAAUCCACAUGGUCUCAGUUCAAAAGCUAAUAAAUCAACAGCAUCAGAUAUGUGUAGAAUGAGUUCAGCUUAUUUAAAAAUUCCCGUUUUAAAAUAAAUUUGCAAUAGCAAAUCCUUCUCUUGUAGAAAUUAUGAAUGGUUUAAUACAAAUUAAUUGUUGCAUUUUGAAAAUUAUAAUGGAAUUAAAACUGGAAUUACACCUAAUGCUGGUGCUUGUCUUGCUGUCUCCUAUGAGAGUGUAUUAGGCUCAAUAAUAGUAGUGUUGAUAGGAGCAAAGGAUCAAAAAAGGAGAUUUGAAGAAACUGACAAACUUAUUAAUUGGGUUUCAAGAGAAUAUUCAUUAUAUUUUAACAAAACUAUGUAUCCUCCACCCAGGACUGCCUCAAGCAAAGGUAGAUCAUUUAUUAUUAAAAAAUAAGUAUGA